AUGGCUAAUUUCAUGUUGACUAAUGACCUUGUUGAUCCUGGAUUCAUUGGUCCUAGUUUUACAUGGACUAACAACAAGGAUGCUAGGAGUCGUAUUUUUAACAGGUUGGAUCGUUUUUUGAUGAGUUCUUCUAUUAUUGAUGUGUUCCAGGGAUUGAAGGUUAAGCAUCUUACCAGACUUGCUUCAGAUCACUGCCCUAUUCUUUGUUGUUUGGUGGAAGAUGUGAAGAAGGCUUGCUACUAUUGGAUUAAAUUUGAAGAUGUGUGGGCUAGCUACCCUUUUGCUUGGCAUUUAGUGGGGGAGAAGUGGAAGGUGGAAGAUCUGGGCAGUGAAUCCUUUAAGCUUCAAAGGAAAUGCCAAAGGUCUUUGAAGGCUUUGUUCUUUUGGAGUAAGAACAAGCUUAAGAGCCUUAAUCAAUUAAAGGAAGACCUUGAUAAAGAAAUUAAGAUUUUACAGGAGAUUGAAUGUGGGUCGAGUGGUCUUUCUGAGGUGCAGGAAGAAGCAUUGAGGUAUAAGGUUAAAUUGUUGAAUAAUAUUCUCACUCGUAUUAUGACUUGGUGGAGACAAAGAGCAAAGGUGUUGUGGAUGGAGCAGGGGGAUGGGAAUACCUACUUUUUCCAUUCUAUGGCAUCGGCUAGGAGGAGGUCUAAGAGCAUUGAUUCCAUCAAGCUAGAUGACGGGUCACUGAUAUCUGAGCAAGGUGAUGGGCAGUCAAUUGUGGAGGACGGGUGGCCUUCUUUGGAAUUUCAUAGGAGUUGUGUUGCAGAAUUCAAAGAUUUCCUGGAAGGUGAUGUUACUGAGGAAGAAAUAUGGUCAGUUAUUUGUUCCUUGGGCCGGAAUAAG